AUGGCAGCACGUCUCGACGAUCCUGAGAGGAUCAGUGCCUUCCUCCGCGCUAUGCACGGCACUACCGCAGCUGUCGCAGCAGACAGUCAAGGACCCCAACCCCGAGUCGUUGCUGCAGAUCAUGAUGUCCCUAUAGCAGCGACCAAUCUCGAUUACAAAAUGGCUUCCCUCACAAUGGCAGCAGACGGUACUGCUGGCAAUAACGCACUCUUGCCAACAUCUCCCGUCAAAGAAAUCCUCACCACGAAGAAUGCCAACAUCCCGCCGCAGAUUACCCAUCUCCAUGUACCCCUCCUGACUCCCACUCAGCAGAAGUUAUUGAGGAAGAGAGAAGACAUAGUCGAGACCCGGAAGGAUGACGAAGUACCUUCUAUGGAAAACCGGGCAAUGAACUACAUGGAAAGAGUUAUCGCACAACACCGUCUCGCAUGGGACUCUAAGGUGGCGCUUGAGCCCGCCGAGAAAUCUGAGUCAGCAGUGACAGACGUACCUGAAGACACCGUCCACUGUUCGAAGCCCGAAACUCCCGCAUUUGCAAAAGAAACUCCGCACUGCAACACUCCCUUGGGCCACAUUGACUCCUCUCCUCCAGUUUCUCCUAUCGAGUUCACUAGCAGUCCGGUUCCCCAAGAGGAGGCCCAGGAGGCAGCCAGUGCCAGCGAGCGUGCAAGCUCGCUUGCUGAGGACCUCCACAGCGGCGGCAGCUUGUCCCCGACUUAUGCUGAGAACAGCAGCACCGAUGCAGCAAAACUUCAAGCACCAGGAGCAGUUGGGGUCAGAGCCUACGAUCAGGCAGCGGGCAAUGACCAUGAACCCAAGAUUGGACAAGAUGAGACUGGUAAGCAAACCAAGCAAGGCGGCGAGGAUCGGGAGCAUUCAACUUUCUUCAAAUCUUGGGGCAGCCCAGCUGCGCGUAACAAGCCGGAAAAUCGCAAGCGUACCAUCGUCCUUGGUGGCCUUCCAGGUACUGCAGGCUUCACCUUCGUCCAAUCUCUCAUACACGGCGGUUCUAUCGAGACAAUGAAGCUGUCCUCCAGCAACUCGGCCGGCACAGCUACGGCAUUCAUAACGUUCACCUCAGGAGACGCCUGCGACAGAUACUUCGCCAAGUAUCCCAACGGGAUUGGAGUCCGUCAUGAAGGCAAGAAACACAUUAUCUUCGUCGACAAGAGUGAUCGAGUUGAUAUCAUGAGCUCCAUCGUGCAGGGUUACCUCGACUGUGGGGCUUCUCGUGUCGUUAAGGCCACAGGAGCAGACGAAGACUGGGGAAUCAUGGCCUUGAAUAGGCUUGCAGAAGGCAAGAACAAGACUCGUGCAGUUGAGGCUGUCACCGAUAGUCUUCAGGACGGAAAGCGCACCAUCCUGUUCCGUUUCACCAACAUUUCGGAUGCUGUCAAGUUCAAGAGUGAACUCAUGAGAGACUACGACUGGGAGGGCUGCCUCAUCGAAUUCGCAGAAGAUCCAUGCGCUAAGGCGACAGAUAUUCACCACGGUUGA